AUCGCCAACCUACAUCUAACGCCAGCAUCCCCGAGACUUCUCGCAACCGUCAAGAUGCUUAUUCCCAAGGCCGACCGCAAGGCGAUCCACGAGUUAGUCCACCACAGAGGGCGUUCUCGUCGCAAAGAAGGACUUCAACCUUCCCAAGCACGGAGACAUCGACACCAAGAACCUGUUCGUCAUCAAGGCUUGCCAGUCGUUGACCUCCCGCGGAUACCUCAAGACUCGCUUCUCAUGGCAGUACUACUACUACACCCUCACCCCUGAGGGUCUGGACUACCUCCGCGAGUGGCUCCACCUCCCCGCCGAGAUUGUGCCCCAGACGCACAUCAAGCAGCAGCGCUCUGCUCCUCCCCGGGGUAUGCUCGGAGGCGGUGACGACCGCGAGAGGCGCGGAGGAGGCCGUGGUGGACGUGGCGGUGACCGUGGCGGCGACCGUGACGGUUACCGACGCCGUGACCAGGGCGAGAAGGGCGAGGGCGGUGCCCCCGGCGAGUUCAAGCCCGAGUUCCGUGGUGGCUUCGGACGAGGCCGCGGUGCUGCCCCUGCUUCUUAAGCAGGUCUCUACUUGCUUGAGGAGUAAACGGAUACAAGGUCAUCUUCAUGUCGCAACUUUACUGCAUUCACAAAAAGGGAUCGGUCACGGUGGCAUACGGCGAAAUGAAAGGAUGAUACUACGAAUCCAUUGUCCGCUCGGGAAGCGCUUUCGCACCCGGAGCAGGUCAUGUUCUCAAUGA